AUGAGCCUGAAACACAAAGACUCGCCACCACUUUCAGGUCAAACGCCUGUUAUUGCUAAAUUUAUUGGCAAAAAUAUAGUCGUUGGCACACGAGAUGGCAUUUUGGUCGUUUUCAUCCUCAAGGACGGAAAAUAUUAUCAAACAAGACGCGUUCAAGGCCACAAUCUUACAAUUCUUUCUAUCGCAGUUCCAGAGGACAACAGCUUCGUUGUUACAACAUCAAUGGAAGGAAAAUGUCUCAUUUUUACACCAAAUGAAACCGGUCUUACAUUUUUGCGCGAAAUACAAUGCAAGAGCACAAUCUUCCCACACGCAGCUGUUAGCCGUGAUGGAAAAACAAUUGCAAUUGCCGGCCAUAAAGGCAUUGUUUUGAUUGAAAGAAAUGGACAACUCAACCAAUAUAAUGCAGGCGAUGAUACAAUUGUAGAUCUUACAUUCUACGGUCCAAACGAUAACCAACUCAUUCUUGUUGGUCGCCAUUCUAUUACUCAGUUCGAUCUUGACUCAAAUGUCCCAAUUAACGUACUUACUCUUAAGGGCAAUGAUAUUAAAUGUCAUAUUCACUGCGUAGCUGCAAACCUCAGUAAUCAGUUAGUUGCUGUAGGAACUUUUAAUAGAUUUGUUGAAUUUUAUAAAUUUGAAGGAGAACCAACAAAGGUUGGCGAGGUAUCAAUUCCUCACGAUAGACCAGGAGCCAUGGUUAAACUUAUCGAAAUGGUUGAAUUUACUAAUGAUGGAAGACAUCUCAUUGUUGGUUCAUCAAAUGGCUCUGUUUCUGUUAUAGAUGUUGAUAAUUAUACAAUAACAGAGACAAAGAAGUUCCAGCGUUCUAGAAUUUUCUCUGUUUGCAUUUCAGCUGAUGAUAGUGAAGUUAUCUCUGUUUCUGAUGAUAAGACCAUUUACUGUCUUGAAUUGGUUCAAUAA